AUGGACGUGGACGUGGUCGUGGACGUGGACGUGGACGUGGACGUGGACGUGGACGUGGACGUGGUCGUGGACGUGGACGUGGACGUGGACGUGGACGUGGACGUGGACGUGGACGUGGUCGUGGACGUGGACGUUGACGUGGACGUGGACGUGGACGUGGACGUGGACGUGGACGUGGACGUGGACGUGGACGUGGACCUGGACGUGGACGUGGACGUGGACGUGGACCUGGACGUGGACCUGGACGUGGACGUGGACCUGGUCGUGGACGUGGACGUGGACGUGGACGUGGACGUGGACAUGGUCGCGGACGUGGACGUGGACGUGGACGUGGACGUGGACCAGGUCGUGGACGCGUGGACGUGGACGUGGACGUGGACGUGGACGUGGACGUGGACGUGUGGACGUGGACGUGGACGUGGACGUGGACGUGGACGUGGACGUGGACGUGGACGUGGACGUGGACGUGGACGGGGACGUGGACGUGGACGCGGAUGUGGACAUGGACGCGGACGUGGACAUGGUCGUGGACGUGGACGUGGACGUGGACGUGGACGUGGACAUGGUCGUGGACGUGGACGUGGACGUGGACAUGGACGUGGACGUGGACGUGGACGUGGACAUGGACGUGGACGUGUGGACGUGGACGUGGACGUGGACGUGGACGUGGUCGUGGACGUGGACGUGGACGUGGACGUGGUCGUGGACGUUGACGUGGACGUGGACGUGGACGUGGACGUGGUCGUGGACGUUGACGUGGUCGUGGACGUGGACGUGGACGUGGACGUGGACGUGGACGUGGACGUGGACGUGGACGUGGACGUGGACGUGGACAUGGACGUGGACGUGGUCGUGGACGUGGACGUGGACGUGGACGUGGACGUGGACGUGGACGUGGUCGUGGACGUGGACGUGGACGUGGACGUGGACGUGGACGUGGACGUGGACGUGGUCGUGGACGUGGACGUUGGACGUGGACGUGGACGUGGACGUGGACGUGGACGUGGACGUGGACGUGGACGUGGACGUGGACGUGGACGUGGACGUGGACGUGGACGUGGACCUGGACGUGGACGUGGACGUGGACGUGGACGUGGACGUGGACGUGGACAUGGUCGUGGACGUGGACGUGGACGUGGACGUGGACGUGGACGUGGACCUGGACGUGGACAUGGACGUGGACGUGGACGUGGACGUGGACAUGGUCGUGGACGUGGACGUGGACGUGGACGUGGACGUGGACGUGGACGUGGACAUGGUCGUGGACGUGGACGUGGACAUGGACGUGGACGUGGACGUGGACGUGGACAUGGACGUAGAUGUGGACGUGGACAUGGACGUGGACGUGUGGACGUGGACGUGGACGUGGACGUGGACGUGGACGUGGACGUGGACGUGGACAUGGACGUGGACGUGGACGUGGACGUGGACAUGGACGUGGACGUGGACGUGGACGUGGACGUGGACAUGGUCGUGGACGUGGACGUGGACGUGGACGUGGACAUGGUCGUGGACGUGGACGUGGACGUGGACAUGGACGUGGACGUGGACGUGGACGUGGACGUGGACAUGGUCGUGGACGUGGACGUUGUUAUAGUCACAGUAGCUCCAAUGGCCUACACCAAGUGA